UUGUGACGGAAAUGUCAUGUUCUUAGGUGAUGAAGACGUACCACAUGUACAACACCGACAGCAUCAACGCUGAGUCCAAGCUGAAGGAGGCCGAAAAGCAGGAGGAGAAACAGAUGGGGCGCUCCAGUCGCCAGGACGACCGUCAGACGCCACGCUCGCCAGACACCCUUGCUAGCAUCAAGGCGGACGACAAACCCAUUCGCCGCUCUAGUGUCAAGAAAAUAGAAAAGAUGAAGGAGAAGAGACAAGCCAAGUACACGGAGAACAAGCUGAAGGCCAUUAAAGCCAGGAAUGAGUACCUUCUCGCUCUGGAGGCCACCAACGGCUGCGUCUUCAAGUAUUACAUCCAUGACCUCUCUGACAUCAUUGACGUGAGUAUUGAAAGCGACUACUUUCCUGAAGGUUUGUGCGUCCAAACACGGACGGAAACUCGA